AUGGACGUCGUGUGCUCUUUUGGACGCAGCGUGGAUGUGGACGGCGACGAGUGGAUCGAUCUGGGGCUGCCACCCACUCCGCGUGGGGGUGAGGAUGACGGUACCGAACUAUUGUCUCUGACUCCUGGCGAGAUGCGGACUGCAGACAUUGACGACAAGAACCCUUUUGCGGCGGCUGGAGAAACCUCGAACAAGCCGGUGGCUGCUGCUGUAUCGACUCCGCAGCCUUUGCCAGAGCCUGAGCCAGCUAACAAGACGCAACGAAAGCCUAUCGCGACUAAGUUGGCGCGUGACCCAAACAUCGAGUCGAUCCCAGAGCGCAAAAAGCCGAGUCCAGCCCCACCUGCCCCCGUAGUCAAGUCCAAGGCAGCGAGGUCGAAAGAGUUGUUUAUGCUGCUUACACGCAAGCGUCUGCUGCUGCAGCUGUACGAGCUGUCGUACUCUGUCAAGCUGUUGGGCUCGAUCGCACUGCUCAACCCGCUGCAUUCGUACCUGGCGUUCGAAGGCCUGGGGGAAAGGCCCACUCAGGAUCCCGGCGCUCAAGGCUUCCGACAUCUUUUGGCGUUGAUGUAA